CUUCGACGUCAGCCUCCUACCCGACAGAAUGAAGUUGUUGCGUCUCGUAAGUGUUGCCUUUGAAGGUUCAUCAGCUAGAAAGACUCACUGUCGCUCUGUUUGCUUGUCUUAGUUGCGGCUUCACUAGAGCAGAUACGGCUAGUCGUAUGCACGAGUGACGGCGCUCCUACUCACUACUACUUCCCGUGAAGAACGCCAACCCGAACGAAAAUGCCGCGCGCCGUUUUCGAGACCUAUUCGCAAUUUGCGAACAAGCAGAUGAUCAUUUGGGCGACGCACCAGGAGCAGCAAUGCCUGAAAAAGCGUGGUAUGAAUGCCCAUGACGAGAAGGUCGCACGGGAGGAAAGACACAGAAAAUCGAAAGAAUCCCGGGCAAGCAAAGAAUCAGACGACCGGGGAUCGGCAAUUCGUGCGGCGAUAGAUGCGGAGAGAGGUAUUCUUUAUUGGUCUUCGUCUUAUCUUGUUUGCCUUUGCAGGAGGAGAAACAAAACGCUGCUGUUCUCACCACUCUCCAUGUAGUUUGUCUGGUUCUGCAUGGCAUAAUACCACGUAUACGCAAAUGUGAAAAUUAUCAAAACUAACGCAAACUCUCAAAAACACCAAUACCAGCUUCCCUCCAUUCCGAGGAUUUUUCCAGCACGCAGCCCAGUUACGCGGCAGAAACCAAUAUCUAUGAAAGCCUCAGGUUGGAAAUCCUCAAAGUGAAGAUAAUUUGUAAUGCAAAAAAACGAAUCCAGUUGGGGCGCCAUUUGUAGUCGGCGCAUGACAAUAAAUUUCCCAGGCACUCAAAACGUGUCUGUCAUGCUAGUUAGGCAAAGGGGUGCCCUCCUCUCAUGCUAAUCAGGAGCCCAAUUCUGAACCCGUAGAAGCACAAUAGUCGGCCUCCAUUGCGUUCUCUGCAAUACAGUCUUUUUGGUGUCGCAUUUCAUGCGUCACAAAUUAUUUCCAGUUUGAGGAUUUCCAUUCUGAGGGUGUCAUAACAUCGAAUACGAGCCGUGCCCGGAGGUGGAGAAAAUCCUGAAAGACUAUCCACAGAAAAAAACCCAUCCACAUCCAUUUUUUGCAUGACAAACACAUGACUUGAUGCGUGUUUUGCAUGAAAAAUUGGAUGUGGGUGGUUUUUUUUCUGUGGAUAAAGACCGUGCGAAGAGAAAGCAGUGGACUUUGAAUGGGUAUCAUCUGGAUUUGAACCGCGAUUACUUCCGGCCCAUGGACUCCUACAACAAGCAACGAAGGCUGAUUCACGAGUGGGAGACAAGUACGAUCGAUAAAGAGAAAUUGAAAUACACUGACACUGUAGUUUGUGAUGCUGAGAACAAUGCAAUUAGAAAGUGAUUUUCUGAUGCGUGGCGUUGGUUGUAGAUGUAGUACUUAAAUAAAACAAAAAUACAAUUAUCCAACAACAGAGGAGCCCGACGAAUUUCGCAAGGUGGCGCUCACGCUCCCCCGGGGCAUCGCCUGCUCCAGUAGCGGAUCCCUGAGCAAACGCCGCGACCUGAAAUUGUCGCAGCCAGAGGCCUACUUCCCGCACGAGGGGGCCAAGCUGAGUUGAGGAAGGAAUUUGUCUGAGGAAGAGCUGCGUGGUUGUAGAAAUUGAGCUACCUGGUGUACCUGCUACAUCAACCUCUACUUGCUAGCUUCACCAAAGAUACAACCGAUAUAAAAUGCUUCAUCUUGCUGACUCUGACAGCAAGAGCAGAACAGAAAUGCAAUAGGAGAAGUUUGUAUGUUUUGGACUGUAAUAAAAAUGAUUCUAUUUCUACCUCAGCGUCGAGGUGGACGUGGAGAACAGCUCUGCUCCUGAAAAACUUUUACCUCUGUAUGAUUCUGAGCUUGUCGCGCCUCCUGCUCGAAAUAUGUGGGCGUAAGAUGGAGGUACUAUCGCACCUAUGAGUUGUUUGAAAUUGUACAAAUUUGUCAUCUCCUCGUCGCCUCCCGUUGAAGACCUCUACUAGAGGAACAAAACAAUUCGAAAGUAUAGUACGAAACUUGUUGGCUCGAGAAGAGUAAGAGUAGAGAGAAAUAAUUCAAUCACCCCGGGCCCGUUUUUGACGUCAGGCGCAGGUAGGAUAUUUAGAAAGUGGUACGAGUAGUAGCUAAUAAAGAGGUGACCACUGAGUGUUCCUGUUCUCUCGAUUCGAAUUUGACGACACAAAAAACGUCGCGAAUGACCUCACGGCAGGUGAUCUACUCGGUUUUUUUUUCUGCACUGAAAGAGA